AUGGUAUCUUGCUUCCACCCUCCCGCUGUUGAGGAUGACUCCGCUGCCCUCUUCACCGCCUCCGACGACUCCCCGGACCAAUCCACUAGCCCGUCCUCUUCCUCCCACCAUUCCUUACCACCACCUUACCCAUCCAAACCAUCAUACAAACUCACUGUCAAAAAUCUUUCCUACACCAUCAAAACAGACCCACAAUUCUCACUUUCAUGGCUCCUAAGCAAGCCAGACUAUAUUAACAUUCUCAAGUCGGUAUCAUUUGCUGCUCAAAGCUCAGAGAUCAUGGCAAUUGUUGGCCCGAGUGGCAGUGGGAAGUCAAGUUUGCUUCAUUUUAUCUCGGGUCGUGUUAGAAGUAACACAUUGGAUCCAAAAACUACCAUUUCACUUAACGAUUUCCCGAUCACAAGUCCAUCACAAAUGAAAAAGAUUUGUGGGUUUGUGGCACAAGAGGAUAACUUGCUUCCUUUGCUAACUGUGAAGGAAACUUUGAUGUAUAGUGCCAAAUUUAGGCUAAAAGAAUUGAGUUCUAAAGAGAAAGACGAGAGGGUUGAGUGUUUGAUGCGUGAGCUCGGGUUAGUUCAUGUACGGGACAGUUAUGUGGGAGAUGAAGAUGAUAGAGGGAUAUCAGGAGGAGAAAGAAAACGGGUGUCGAUUGGGGUUGAUAUGAUUCCCGACCCACCCAUAUUACUCCUGGAUGAGCCUACAUCAGGGUUAGAUAGUAGCUCGGCUUUGCAAGUGAUUGAGCUACUAUCAAGCAUGGCUAUAUCAAAGCAAAGAACCAUCAUUCUAUCUAUCCACCAGCCGAGUUAUCGAGUCCUCCAAUACAUUUCAAACUUCUUAAUCCUUUCAAAUGGUUCAGUAAUCCAUAAUGGUUCCCUCGAGUCACUUGAGGAAACCAUUAAUCAGCUGGGUUUUGAAAUCCCAGCACAGAUAAAUGCACUCGAGUUCUCAAUGGAAAUCAAAGAGAUUCUCGAAACAUCUUAUAACUCAAAAGAACCUAUUAGCACGUUUAGAGAACUUUUGGAGCCUUCUUUUGCCACAGUAUGGGCAGAACAAACAAAUGGCACGUUUCAAGAGCUUUUAAGAAGAGAUCAAAGCGUGGAAAGAAGUCAAUAUAAACAUAGUUUAUACGAGAUUCUAAUCCUUUGCACACGAUUUUGGAAGACAAUUUAUAGGACUAAACAACUGUUCUUGGCGAGAACGAUGCAAGCUGUUGUUGGGGGGCUUGGUUUAGGGAGCGUCUAUGUGAAUGUCAAGAACAACGAAAAUGGGAUCGCUGAAAGACUGGGUCUUUUCGCAUUUAGUCUUAGCUUUCUCCUUUCUUCUACUGUUGAAGCGCUCCCUAUAUACCUUCAAGAACGUCGAGUCUUGAUGAAAGAAGCCUCAAGGGGAGCCUACAAGACUUCUUCAUAUAUGAUAGCCAACACAAUCGUGUUCUUACCCUUUCUUUUUGUAAUCGGGCUUCUUUUUGCCAUCCCAGUUUAUUGGCUAGUCGGGCUUGAUCCAUCAUUCACUGCAUUCGCCUUUUUUGUAUUUGUGGUCUGGCUGAUUGUGCUCAUGGCUAGCUCACUAGUUCUCUUCUUAAGUGCAGUUUCACCCGAUUUCAUUUCAGGGAAUUCUCUCAUCUGCACGGUUCUUGGUGCAUUUUUCCUGUUUUCAGGAUACUUCAUACCAAAAGAAGUGAUUCCAAAGUACUGGAUGUUUAUGUACUAUGUGUCGUUAUAUCGAUACCCAUUAGACUCGUGGCUGAUUAAUGAGUAUUGGGGCAGGAGGGAGGUUUGUUUCUCCGAGGAGCAGCCUGGUUCGAUAUGUAUGGUCACCGGCCAUGACAUCUUGAAGGGCAGAGGGCUUGAAUGGGACACUAGAUGGAUGAAUGUGGGGAUCAUGUUUGGUUUCUUUGUGUUUUAUAGGGUACUUUGUUGGAUCAUUCUUGCAAGAAAGGUCUCUAAAACAACAAUAUAA